AUGAGCAGCGGGGGGCAAGAGCAGCCGGCUGCAGGGGGCGCGGAGGACCCGCAACCGCGGCGGUUCGUGGGGCAGAAAAGUGCAGCAGACGCCGCUAGUGGACAAGCGGGCCCGGUGGUCGUCAAGGGCGCUGCGGCCCCGCGCCGCGUCGUUCGCAACGUCAUUCCGCCAGAAAUCCUCGAGAACGACGCGCUCAACCGCGCGAUCAGCGUCCUGCCGCGGAACUACAACUUCGAGGUCCACAAAACCGUCUGGCGCAUCCAGCAGAGCAACGCCAAGCGCGUGGCGCUGCAGUUCCCAGAAGGCCUCCUCCUCUACAGCAACGUGAUCGCGGACAUCGUCGAGACGUUCACCCAGGCCGAGCACGUCUUCGUCAUGGGCGACGUCACGUACGGCGCCUGCUGCGUUGACGACUUCUCCGCAGAGGCCCUCGGUGCGGACAUCCUGGUGCACUACGGCCACAGCUGCCUCGUGCCCGUGAACGUCACGAGCGUCCCGUGCGUCUACAUCUUCGUGGAAAUCAAGAUGGACGUCGGGCACCUCGUGGCCUCGAUUCGGCACAACUUCAAACCUGGGACCAAGAUUCUGAUUGCCGGAACCAUCCAGUUCUCUUCCAGCAUCCAGGCGGCGCGGCGCGAGCUCGAGCAGGACUACCCCUCGGUCGCCAUCCCGCAGUGCAAGCCGCUGUCCCCCGGGGAGAUCCUCGGGUGCACGUCUCCUGUUGUUGCGGGCGGUGCGGAGGCCCUGAUCUUCGUCGCGGACGGCCGCUUCCACCUCGAGUCCUUCAUGAUCGCGAACCCCUCGAUUCCGGCCUACCGCUACGACCCGUACAACCGCAAGAUGACCUCGGAGUCGUACGACCAGGCCGGCAUGCGCGGCGCGCGGCGCGGCGCGAUCGAGGCCGCGCGGCUGGCGGGCCGCUGGGCCGUAGUGUUGGGCACGCUCGGGCGGCAGGGCAACCCCCGGGUGAUGGAGACGGUUACUGCGGCGCUGGAGCGCGCGGGGAAGGAGUACGUCGAGGUUUUGUUGAGCGAGGUGACGCCGGACAAGCUGCGGGCGUUCGGCGACGCGUUCGGGGCGUACGUGCAGAUCGCGUGUCCGCGGCUGAGCAUAGACUGGGGCGAGGGGUUCGCUGCGCCGACGCUGACGCCGUACGAGGCGCUCGUGGCGCUGGGGGAGGUGCCGGAGUGGUGGGGUGACGACGCGCCCAAGGACGAGGCGACGGGGCUGCCGCAGUACCCGAUGGACUACUACAGCCGCGAGGGAGGCUCGUGGUCGUCGAGCUACAUCCGGGCGGCGGACCGGCCGGCGCGGCGGAGACCGCAGGCGCCGCCAGCGCAGGGGUGCGCGUGCGCCGCGGGGGGGGAGUCAAGAGCGGCGCCGUGCCGCUGA